UGAUAACCUCUCGCCCUUACAGAAUUAUGUUUUUGAAACCGCCAUCAUUUAAUCUGACUGCAAACGUUCUUCUCCUACUGCUUUUGAUCUUUUCUCCCAUGUUCACACAACGGGCGCUGCGGGUUGAACGAUUCAGAAGCCUGGAUUUUUCUCUCAAAUUUCUAUUAAUAACGCCCAGCAAACCUGUCAAUGCGAUGAGAUUGCCCAAUCUGGACCAUGUCCGGGAUGCGAUGUCCAAUUAUGUUUCUCGUUGUUUAUUUUGCUUUUUCUCGAACAGUUUGUCUCGCAGCCCUGUAACGCCAACGACAAUGGUUCACCAUUCGAUGUUUUCCCCGGGCGUCUCUUUUUGGCUUUUUAUUCAGUUCUAUUUCAUAACUGCUGUACUUAUUCAAAUUUCCAUCACAGGCUCACAGCAUGUCCAGCAUGAGUCUCUGAGCCUUGCUGGCUGGUUUCCCCCUUGCCACAGGGGCAGAUCUCGACCGAGAACGAGCUGGGGGGAGGGUCGCCUUCAAUGCUGCCGUUGAACGGGAACAUGGGGGGUGGCAGGCGGCUGAAGGAUGCAGCAAGAUGCAACGAAAACCACGUCGAUGACCAGCACAUGCUUCUCCCCGUGGAAUGCCGCUGCUGGGAUUGAUUCAAAAGCCAGCAAAUGGCACGCACGCGCUUGUACCGUUCAACUGCAACCAACCCUCACAUCGAAUGGCGUUGCGCCCGUCAUCAUGAAGCUCGAGGCUUCGUCGCCCAUGUGCCUCUAUGCCGUCCUCGGUGCUGCGUCCCCCCAAGAGCUACAGCCACCAAGUGAGUGAGCAGCAGCAGCAGCAGCAGCCCGUCAACAGACAAGAUGCAAGAUGGGCUGUCGGGUAGCCUGCAGUGCAACACAAGACCACC